AUGCAUAUAUCUAUUAGAAAAGACCAACUUUUCCAACAGAAUAGCAAACAAUUCGACUUUAACAUACAAUUCGAGCAGGUUUUUCUUUCUAUUUUGCCGUCCGGUAUAUUCGUGGUAGCGGCAGUAUGGAGAAGUUUUAUCCAGGCACGGAAACCGCUUGUGGUGAAUGCACCAGUUUUCCAGCGUAUCAAAGUAGUUACUAUUACAGCAUACACCGCUCUUCAACUAGCACUUCUCAUUCUCGCCGCAGUGGGUUGCUUUCAUGCAGCAAGCACGUUCAUAGCUGCGUCGGUCCUCAAGCUGCUAUCAGGUGUCUUCAUGAUUCCUCUCAAUGUUGUCGAACACGGUAGAUCACCACGGCCUUCCGUUUUAUUAACUACUUACUUGGUUUUGUCUCUUCUCUUUGAUGUGACGCAAGCAAGAACGCUUUACAUAUCGUCAGUUACCUCGGCCGAGAGCGCCUAUAGCAAUCUCUUUACUGCCGCUAUUGCUAUAAAGGCAGUAAUACUUUUGCUAGAAUCCAAAAAAAAGUCUAAAUGGAUGAACUGGAACGAAAAAGAGCAUAGCCCGGAGGAAACUAGCAGUAUCUUAUCACUUGGUGUCUUCUUCUGGCUGAACAAAUUAUUCUUGGACGGGUAUAAGAAAAUUAUGUUGCUCGACGACCUCUACCCCCUCGACAAUUCCUUAGAUCCCAAUACACUCAGAGAGAAGUUCUCUAGCAGCCUGGACUACUCCAAAAUGAAGGGCGACAAGUUUGGUCUCACCAAAGUUCUCAUGCGAACACUCGCAGGGCCCCUUCUUCUCCCCAUAAUUCCCCGCCUGGGCCUUCUUGGAUUUACUUUUGCCCAGCCUCUCUUCAUUGAGAGGCUGCUAGAUUAUCUUUCCGAGGAUGAACUAGACCCGAAUAUUGGUUACGGAUUCAUUGGCGCUAGUUUUUUCAUCUACACAGGAAUUGCUCUUUGUUGGGCCUUCCAUCGGUAUUACCACCACCGAAUGAGAACUAUGUUGAGAUCAAUACUAGUCACCGAGACCUUCAUCACAGCCAUAAGAUCUCCCAUUGGGACAAGCGACGAUAAUGCAGCCCUUACUCUCAUGAGCACCGAUAUUGAACGAAUAAGGAUGGGUUUCAGGCAACUGCAUGAUAUUUGGGCAAGUGCGAUCCAAGUUGCGUUGUCUGCAUGGAUGUUAAACAGUCGAGUUGGCGUGGUCUUUGUCGUGCCUAUUGGAGUGGUCACCCUUUGCUUCAUUUGCCUGGUGAUUGCCAUGAACUUCAUUGGAAAUGCACAGAGAGAAUGGAUGAAAUUGGUCCAGCAACGAGUUGGUCUGACUGCUACAGUCAUCGCAAACAUGAAAAACCUGAAGAUAUCCGGCCUCUCUUCCCCAGUUCGCAAUUUUGUGCAAAAUCUUCGCAUUGAGGAACUAGUGGCCGGGGUUCGAUUCCGCAAGAUAUUCAUAGUGGCUGCUCUCUUAGGUUUUAUUCCGCUGCUAAUAAGCCCAGCUCUUACCUUUGCAUUGACUCAAAAUCGCCUGGAUGCCUCAAAGGUGUUCACGAGUCUUUCCUUUCUUACGCUUCUGACUAUGCCGCUGUCGCAAGUCUUCCAAUCCAUCCCUGAGGUGAUCUCGGCGCUGGCUUGUAUAGGCCGAAUUCAAGCAUUCUUAGAGUGCGAGACUUAUGAUGAUUUCCGCCAAAUUCUUGUUGAUAUUAAGAUAAGUUCCGAAAAGAAUCCAGCAGAGAGCAUACCUUCAUCUGAGUCGAAAGUAAUUAUCGAAAACGGAAAUUUUGGUUGGAAGGCAGGAAAGUCAGUCUUGCGAGACGUGAACACUCGGAUACCAAAGUCCUCGCUCACUAUUGUCAUUGGACCGGUUGGCUCGGGAAAAUCCACCCUUUGCAAAGCGCUACUUGGAGAGAUUCCAUUCCACGAAGGUCGUGUGAUUUUGGAUGGAAGGGUUCCACAUGUUGGAUUUUGCGAUCAAACCCCAUUUCUGUCGAACGGGUCAAUUAAAGACAAUAUUGUCGGGUUUUCUCCAGUCAAUAAUGAGAGAUAUGCCGAAAUCAUUGAUGCUACAGCCCUAGCCUUUGACUUAGCCACCCUGACGGAGGGGGAUCAAACAAAUGUUGGCUCUGAUGGCAUCUCCCUGUCUGGAGGCCAGAAACAGCGAGUUGCUCUUGCACGAGCUCUGUAUUUACAAAUGGACUUUCUUGUUCUCGACGACAUCUUUAGUGGUUUAGAUGCUGAUACGGAGCAGCAAGUCUUCCAAAAAGCUUUCGGGGUAGAUGGGCUACUAAGACGACGACACUCUACAGUUGUGCUAUGUACUCACAGCAUUCGAAACCUUCCCGCAGCAGACCAUGUGAUAGUGCUUGAAGACGGCACCAUUACCGAGCAGGGUACCUUUGACGAAUUAAUGGCAGGUCAAGGUUAUCUUCAGCGUCUUGGUUUGAAGAAUCCUAAGGACCGUGACAUUCUGCUAGAUAGAGCAGUCUACAAACAAAAUGUGCAGGAGUCGAUGUUGGAAGAAAAUAGGAAAAAGACGACUAAUCCAAGUGUCGCAUCUAAUGCGGGUGCUUCGCGGCAAGUUGGGGAUAAAACGGUAUACAGGCAUUACAUGAUGAGUAUGGGAUGGUUCGUGGCGACGUCUGCCUUGUUUUUUGCCGUUCUCUGGGGCUUCUUGUUGAACUUCUCUACAAUCUGGCUCACAUACUGGGUCGAUGACAUCAGCGCAGAAAAUCCGAUGCACUCCUAUGCUUACUGGGCUGGGCUAUAUGCGCUGCUUCAGAUCAGCGCUCUGAUAUCGUUACUUCUCCUGGGUAGUUCCAUCUGGAUCGUUUCAAUUAAACGCGCGGGGGCCAAUCUCCACCAGGACAUCUUACAGACACUAUUCCGAGCAACGCUACGCUUCUUCACCGAAACUGAUACUGGCGUUACCACGAACUUGUUCUCGCAAGAUUUAAAUCUUAUUGACACAGAAUUACCGGAUGCGACGGUCAACACCCUGUUUUCGAUUACUCAAGUUGCUGGACAAAUGGCUGUUAUGCUUACUUCUUCUCGGUAUCUGGCAAUCGGCUUCCCGUUCAUCAUCGCUCUGCUUUAUAUAGUACAGAGAUUUUACCUGCGUACCUCCCGACAACUACGAUUACUCGAUCUGGAAGCCAAGAGUCCUAUGUAUACGCAUUUUCUUGAUACCGUCAGAGGCAUCGCAACUCUACGGGCAUUCGGCUUUAUUUCUAAUGAUAUCUAUAAGAGCUCUCAGUUACUCACUUCCAGUCAAAGACCGUCAUAUUUACUUCUCAUGAUCCAGGAAUGGCUAAACAUUGUUCUCAAUGUUGUAGUCAUGUUACUAGCAGUAGUCCUGACGACGCUCGCAGUCCGCCUCCACUCCAGUUCUGCUUUCGCCGGUGCUGCUCUUUACAGUCUUUUGAGCUUCGGAGAGAACCUUGCUGGGAUUGUCCUUUUUUGGACCAGUCUCGAAACUUCUCUCGGGGCAAUUGCAAGGCUUAAGACGUUUAAUGACACUGUGAAGUCGGAAGAUAGAGAUACAGAGACCAUUAUCCCACCAGAACAGUGGCCACAGCGCGGUAUGGUGGAAUUGAAGGGCGUGUCCGCCACAUAUGCCUCUAAAGACGACGAGGGUAACGGAGCUCGUCUUGCCCUCCAUAAUAUCCAUCUGACGAUCAACUCGGGAGAAAAGAUCGCCAUCUGCGGCCGCACUGGCAGUGGUAAAUCUAGCUUCAUCGCCUUACUUCUCAAGCUUCUAGAUCCCACGUCAACAACUGCUGAAAACGUAUUGAUUGAUGGCCAGCCGCUCCAGCAUUUAAACCGGUCUGUACUCCGCCAGCGUAUCAUCUCAGUGCCUCAAGAAGCUGUCUUCUUGCCCGAUGGAUCUACCUUCAAGGCUAAUCUCGAUGUAUCCGAGGAAGCAACGCGCGAGGAAUGCGAAGCUGUGCUUAAUGCCGUCGGCUUAUGGAAAUUCGUUCAAGAGUGUGGUGGUUUGGAUGCAGGCAUGAACGCGUCCACCUUUAGCGCUGGACAGCGGCAGCUAAUAUCUCUCGGACGCGCCCUAAUCAGACUGUCUACUCGACAACGAAAACUCACGGCUGGUGCACAAGAUGGCGGUAUCUUGUUGCUGGAUGAAGUCAGCUCGAGCGUAGACCAAGAGACGGAACACGUCAUGCAACAGACGAUCAAGACUGAGUUCAAAAGCUACACGGUUAUCGCGGUUAGCCAUCGCCUAGAUAUGGUUAUGGACUUUGAUAGGGUAGUCGUCAUGGAUAGAGGAGAGAUUGUUGAGAUGGGUAAUCCGGUGGCGCUAGCACGAGAGGCAGGAAGCAAGUUUGGAGAUCUGGUGAGAGCGGGGACUAAGUAG